AUGACGUGGCUCUGGGACAACUGGAGCAUUCAAGUUUUUGUUCUACUCGGCUUGAUUUUCCAGACACUUCUUGCUGUAUUAGGAAGCCGCAGGAAAACAUCAAGUAGCGACAUGAUCAGAUUUGUUAUUUGGGCUUCUUAUUUGCUCACCUCUUAUUUCGCAACGCUUGCGCUCAGCAAGCUCACAACAGCCAGCCUCAGCAAGUCCAAGGAAGAGUGUGAUACGGAACUAAAAGCAUUGUUGGCGCCUUUGAUCCUACUACUACUGGGGAAUCCAGAUAGCAUCACCGCAUACUCAGUGGAAGACAACCGGCUCAGCACGAGGCGUGUAUUGAACCUGGUCAUGGCAUUUUCUUUCGUGGUCUGGAUCCUCUGGCGAAGUUGGAAGACCUCCAUCCCAAUGGUACUAUACUUUCCGAUAUUCAUUGCCGGGAUAAUCAAGUACGGAGAAACGAUUUGGGCGCUCUACUCCGUGUACGACGAGAACACAAACAUGAGAAAAGAGGAUUUCGAUGAAGAAAAGAAGAUCUUCUCUGAAUUGGAGAACUUCCACGUUCCGCGUCUGGAUAUUUUCUUGAAGGCUUACUACCGGUUUGAUUGCUUAAAGCCUCAUCUUGCGGACUGGCUGAAGCACCCUUUCUUUAUGGUGCAUAGUAAUAUGUUGAUUGAAGAAUACACUCCUAAAGAUGUAUUCUUGACAACUGAUAUGGAACUCGGGUUCAUGUAUGACAUCCUCUAUACUAAAGCACCAGUUCUUUAUACCAAGCCCGGGAUCAUGCUCCGCACCGUCGGUUAUUUCAGUUUGCUGUUGACAUUGAGCGGAUUCAUGGGGCUUUUCUUUGAUAAACACUGGAGAGGUCCGUAUGUUAUCUACUCGUUCGGGCUGCUGAUCGGACUCGUGUUUCUGGAAACUUAUCAGUUGUUGAAGCUGUUCUUUUCAGAUUGGGUGAUUAUAAUGAAUAGGAACCACCUUGAGAAUCCAAUGGUCCUGAAAUAUUUGAAAUUUCUUGUCAAACGAUCUCUGAAAAAGAAAAGGUGGUCUGACAGAAUUCGGCAACUCAAUUUUCUGGAUUUGUGCCAAUCCAAUAAACGGCCCUGGUUUUUCAGGAUCCUCAAAGUCUGCGGCAUGGCCGAGAAGUUCAGGAGAUAUUCAGCACCAAGUUCUUUGCCGAUUCCCUCAUACUUGAAAGAAUUAUUGCUUGAAGACAUGACAAAAUUUGAAACAAAGAGAGGCCAUCGACCCUUCACGAAAAGAGGCGAGUGGUCGCUUGGGAUUCACAAGUCUCUGGAUAAGCUCGAAUGGAGUAUCGAGAUGGCAUUUGAUAGAAGCAUCAUCUUAUGGCACGUUGCAACCCAUGUCUGCUACUACUCGUGCCACGAAAACUCAAAACGUAAGGAGGCAAGCAAACUGAUAUCAGAUUACAUGAUGUUCCUUCUGGUACAACAUCCUCAAAUGCUCUCUUUGACCACGGCCGAGAUCACUUACCAUCAUGCCUACACGAAUCUCAAGAUGCUCUCGAAUAAAUUUCCGGAAGAGGACGUCCUGAAAGUUCUAUUGGGGUCCGAGCCCGUGCCCGCGCAAGAAAGUGGCGCAUUAUCAGCAGUUAUCACCGAAGGGUGGAAUGUCCUUGAGGAGGUGCGAAGGCUUGCGAGAGAGCUGCAAGGUACCGAAGACGCAUGGGAGCUCAUCAGCGGCGUUUGGGCAGAGAUGCUAUGCUUCGCGGCGUACAACUGCCAGCAAUACCACCACGCGAAGCUGCUCAGGCGGGGCAGAGAAAUCAUCACUCACGUGUGGCUCCUCCUUUCUCACAAGACGGACAAGUUCAACACCAUGAAGUGUGCGGAUCAGAACAGGGAGAUCGAAUAG